AUGCCAGCGGGCGGCGAGGAAUUCUCUAUCGAUUGCCCUAUCGCGGCAGCGACUGAUCUUGAUAUGGGCACGUCUCUGGGACUCCAACCGCCUAUAUCUCACGUCGAUGAAGAGACACUAUUAUGGAUAAAGCGGAAGCUGGAGUCGUGUGUAUCGCACAACCACUUUAACCCAAACAAAACCUUUAUUCCCGAUCGACUCAUUGAUGUAAGAGGAAAUCAGCUGAGCCUAGUCCUUACCAAGGACUUUCAGGCCCGAGACGCUGAAAGCCAUCGUUACAUUGCCCUUACUUACUGCUGGGGCCCAGAGCCUCACGCAAGCAAACAGCUCAAGACAACCACCUUCAAUAUAUCCCAGCAUCAGCAGCAAAUCCCAGAAACCUUUUUACCUCAAGUCAUCAAGGACGCCAUCACUAUAACCAGGGCGUUGUCGGUCCCAUUUCUUUGGGUCGAUGCCUUAUGCAUUCUCCAAGAUGAUGUAUCUGACUGGGAACAUCAAUGUCGCAUGAUGGAACAAAUCUAUGGAAAUGCCUACACGGCAGUUGCAGCUGUUUCCUCUCAAAACUGCGAGGAAGGAUUUGUCGUCAAGACAAAUAGAAUCCUCUUUCCUUUCAGAGAUGAGUCUGGUCACAACCGUGUCUUUGGCAUAUACCCUCCUCCCUACCAAGCCGACACGCAACACGAAGUGCGCCACAGCCCUUGGUUUAAGAGAGGCUGGACGUUCCAGGAACGCAUCGCAUCAACUCGCAUCCUCAUGUUUUCAGAACGCAACCUUCAUUUCAAAUGCAAAUACUUUGACGAAUCGAUGGGAAGGGAGAGAACUACAUCUGAAAUCAAUUAUGGCAUACUCGACCGUGUGACAAUCGAUUCGGGCAGUACAGUGGCCAUCUAUCAAGAAUGGAACAAAAUUAUCGCUCAAAUCGACCCCGAGUACCAUCAGUUUACCCGGGAAACAGAUUUCCUUCCUUCAAUUGCUGGUAUCGCUUUGCUAUUCAGUAAAAGAUUGAACGAUGACUACGCAGCUGGAUACAAGCCUUGGUUUGGAAACCUACUGAAGCGACUGAAAACUCCUUCUCCAUACAUUGCACCUUCUUGGAGCUGGGCUAGUCGACGCGAAACGUUCUGGUUCCAUCUAUACCGUUCGGAACUCUUAGCCAAUUGUCGACCAGAGUUCGAUAGCCUAGAAAUAGCUGUCACCUUGCGGGGCGAGUCAGUCUUUGGCGAAGUAAGAGAUGCGGCGCUUGAUAUUACCACAAAAGUAUACGCGGGGUCGCGGAGGAUAACAUAUCACGAAGUUUCUCCACAUUCGUCUUCGAAAAGCGCUGUUCAAAUUGAUGGGCGAUACUUUGCAGAGAUUGAGCCUGAUUGCACUGAUCUAGCAAGGUCCGAGUCAACUGUGAUGCUCAUUGGCCUUUUACUGAUAAGUAGUACCAUUCGACGCUAUGAAGAUGCAGAGGUCUCUUCAUUGAGAUAUUCUGACAAGUCUGAGACUCUUGGCGACGAGGAAGAUGCUGGGUCCGACUUUGAGUCGUUGAGCGCUUCCACUAACGGUAAGGCUGGUAUAAGGCUUGCUUGCGGAACGCGUGUCAAGUAUCUAUUCAAGACAUUAAUGAAUGAAGGCAAGAAGAUGGUUCACGAUAUCCCAGGCGCCGAGUCUGACUUUCCCCAGCGAUGCCCUCCAAAAACAACUCCUAGCAAAAAGCCAUCGGAGCAUGUGUUUGACGCGAACGGCGAUACCCGGAUCAUUCUUAGCACAUACAUGGCCCAGACCUUUGAAUGGGAGAUAGAUAAAGUGCGGAUAAAGCAAGAAAUGCCUACAAAGGUAUACUACAAGGAAAAGAAGCAGGAAAAGAAGGAAGGGAAGAGAGCAGAGUCUCUCAUUACAACCUCAACAUCGUUAGGAGGCACUACGAACAGAACUCCCAUAGACUGGGGUACGACCGAUUUCUCAACCUUGAGUAACGUACGGUACUCUCGUGUAGAAUUUUCCGAUGACGACGAUACGGAUCUGGGUUGUACUGUCCCUGGAACGAACCGAGACAGCACAAGUAUAAUACAAGAUUGGAACUAUGGAGAAAAAUGCGCACGGUCCCUGAAGAAGAUAGAUUUUCGAUUACUGGUCUCAGGAAAGCACUUAGAGCUGGCUUCGUCUGUCUUCAAAAAAAUGCUUACCGGUCCUUUCGCAGAGGGAAAGGCCGAUGUAUCAGGUUUUCGUCUGAUAAAGACGAGCGAUUGGGAUCCUGAAGCUUUCAAGAUUACCCUGACUAUCAUUCAUGGGUACAAUCGAGAUGUCCCAAGGUCACUGAGCCUUGAAAUGCUUGUCAAGGUUGCCAUGAUCAUUAACUAUUACGAUUGCCUUGAGAGCGUUGAGCCAUACACAGAUAUUUGGCUCGAAGCCUUGAGAUCGGAGUUGCCGACGGUUUAUGGGCGAGAGUGCAUUCUGUGCCUCUUCAUAUCAUGGGCUUUCGCAAAACCAGUUGGGUUUCAAAAUAUGACUGAACUGGCAUUGAGGCAUAGUCAGAAGUUAAUAGAAGUUGAGGACUUCCCAAUUCCAGCCAAGAUCCUUGAAGCGAUCGACAUAGCACGUCAAAGCGCUCUCGCUGAAAUCUUCUCAGCAAUCUACGAGCUCCUUGAUCGUCUGCAAGAAGAACAAGAGUGUUCCUUUGAGUGCUCAUCUAUGCUCCUGGGUAUCCUAACGAGGGAACUCAGCAAACAUGAGAUUCUGCACCCUCGGAACGCCCCGCCGUUCAAUGGUUUUAGUAUUGAAGAAAGCGAUCUGCGUGCGUUCGACCUACAGGACUUUCAGGAUAAGAAGAUUUAUACCUGUAGCUGA